GCUCCCGGUUCUCUCGGCGCUUUGUUUAUCAACAAAACAAUUCUAAAUACACAUAGCCUCGACACCCACAUAGAAUACUUUUCUUUAUCUGCCAAAAAGCACAAUUCUUAUUUGUACACAAUCGAUUUUAUGCACUGCUAACCACCUAAUAUCCACCAUGGCCGAUGAUGAAGAUAAACCAAAGAAACACACCCUAGACACCUUGUUCCAGGUGUAUUGCAACUAUCAGGUUAUACCCACGGAUAUAGAGAAUGAGGUUUUCGAUAGCAUUCUGCUCUCGCAACUGGAUGCCUGGCUGGAGCAGGCGAAGCUUAUGCCAAAUAUUAUAACACGAACCCAAACUGGGCUCAUAUAUAUGCGGUACAAAAAAUGGCGCUUGGAAUACGAAGACUUUCUGGAGGUUCUCAAUACUUUGGCCUCUGACAACGACCUAUCAAUAGAGGAGAUGAAGCAGGAAAUGGUCGAUGCUGGAGUUCCGAGCGGUGCCGAUAUAGUCGUUGUCGUCAAAUAGAUGUAAUCUCGUGCAUUUUAUUUACAUAAAAAAGUGGGAAAGCAACAAA